AUGUUUCAGCAAGCUGGAGCUGUGAAAGCCCAAGAAAUCACAACAGGCCCUGCUGGUAUCCAAACUGAAGCAGAAAGCUUUAACAACAAGAAAAUAUUGCAAUCUUCUUGUUCAUGGAACCUAUGGAAGCAACUGAUGAAAGAGGCUACGGAAUCAUCAACUGAUACUCAAAAUGCACUGAUGGUUGUGGCAGUCCUGAUAGUAACGAUCACAUACCAAGCAAUUCUGAGCCCACCAAGUGGUUUUUGGUCAGCAGAGAGUAAAAAUUCUACGACGGUCAGCACCCACGUCGUUCAGAAGAGAUCUAGAACCAUGACGCCUGGAGGGACUAUCAUGUGUAUAAACCCUCCGAUAUUUUCUGUGUUCAUUGGUUUUAAUUCAAUUGGUUUCAUUGCAUCAGUUGCCAUGAUCUUUCUCCUCACCAGUGGAUUCCCUCUCAAGGCAGGCUUCCGGCUGGCCAUGUUUUCAAUGAUUGGUACUUAUGUCGUAGCUAUAAUCUAUACAGGUCCAACGAAAAUGAGUGAUAUAUAUAUGACGGUCACUGUGAUGGGAAUUCUAUUUCUUGCGGAGUUUGCACGGUUUACCAUAUGGUUGUUCAAGAAAUGGAGAGUUGGUCCAGAUACAAGGAGAAAGCAUUAG